AUGAUCACCGAGACGGCACGAAAUGGCACACACGACUCGGAUGAGGAUAUGGACGACGAAACUUCCACCCAGGCCUUUCCCCGCCCAUCGACGGGUCGCCUUGGUCGCUCCGACGCACCGCCGCCUAGUGAGCCGGUGACGGAGACGACUGAGCCAGUCUUGCAGCAGAUCAGGUCGGUGAACCGCAUGGUGCCGAUCAGUCCCACCGCGAAUGUCGACGAGAGCUUCUUCCAUGACUCCUUUCAAGACAUCGGCAAGAAGCUGAAAGAGUGCAAUGACACUCUGGGAGAGCUUCAGCAGCUGGGCGUCUCUCACGACGUCCAGCUCCCCGAACUCGUUCUUGUCGGCGAUCAGUCGACCGGCAAAUCCAGCCUCAUGUCCGGUCUUGCCAAUUUAGACCUACCUCGGAGCGAGGGAACGUGCACGCGCUGCCCUUUGCACAUCCGUGUUUCUCGCAAUAGCGACUGGUCAUGCCGAGUCUGGCUGCGCAAGGAGUACACCUACCAGCCUCCCGAGGAUGGCUGUAUCAACGAGACAGACGUGACCGAUGAGGAUCCGUUCUUCCCAUGGAUCAAGAUGCCGACCACGUCCAUACUGGAGUUCAAGACCAUGCACGACAAGAAUGACAUUGAGGAUGUUUUGCGUUGGGCGCAGAUUGCGAUACUCAACGACGGAAGGCCCCAUGGUCUGUUCAUUCCGGGCUCGGGCGGCGUUGCGGUAAACAUGUCCAUCGACAGGGCGGCCGAGGAGACGACGGCCAAGUUCUCGCCCAACGUCGUCGCUCUUGAGAUCAAGGGGCCCGACCUGCCUGACCUCUCGUUUUACGACAUGCCUGGAAUCUUUCAGAAUCCGGCUGACGCCCGGGACGACUACCUGGUCAACGUCGUCCGCAACCUCUCGCGUGCCUACAUCUCACAUCCGUCCGCCAUUAUUCUCUGCUCCAUGCCCAUGAAUACGGAUGCCGAGAACUCGUCUACCUUUGGGCUAAUCCGGCGUCUCGGAGCCACGUCUCGUACCAUUGGCGUCCUUACCAAGGCGGAUCUCCUCUCAGACACCGGCCAUAACCAGUGGUUGGAGAUUAUGAAGGGCCAGACGCACCACACUGGGCUGGGAUACUUCAUCACCUCUCGGCCCCAGGGCAAGAAUUUGGAGGACCUCAAGAAGUGGGAAGAGCGCAUCUUUCAGGAUCAAUCGUUUGAUCGAUGGCCAGAGACGUUCAAGGAGUUUUCUGACCGUUGCGGCGUCGAGAAGCUGAAGGCGUUUCUGUCGGAGCGACUCGGCGAGGAAUUUGCAAAGAGCUUGCCAAACAUCAAGUCCAAGGUCAAGAAGCAUCUGAGAGGCAUUGAGAAUGGGCUUGCCAGGCUCCCGGAACUGCCGCAAAACGUCGAGCUCGAGGUUCAAACCGCGCUGCUGAGCUUUGGCGACAGUGCGCGCUCCAAGCUGGACGAGUUUGUCCGCCACUUUGGCCCCUUGCCGUCCAACUUCCGCAACUGCCUGCUUGAGAUAAAGCCCAAGUUUAUCCUCAAAGAUCGGUCGGACAUUCCUGUGCUGGAGAUUUCCGACGACGAAUCCGACAACACGUCGGUGGCCCAGCGGACUCCUUCGAAGCGGUCGGCGCCGACACAGAUAGUCACCCCCGCCAAAAGGCGAGCAGACGCUGCGAUGAUGAACGGUAGCUUCACCAAUGGCAGCGUCAAGCCCGAGGAGGCCAUGCCCCAACAACAAUCGGGAACUCCAUCUGGCGGUCAAGGAGCACCCGCAAGACGCGCUGUCAUUGCCGAGCCAUUCAAUAAAUUUGACAAGAUCGGUCGCGGGUUUCGCACCAUUCGCGGGGUCCGGGAGGAGAUCCACGAGAAAACCAAGGCAGGCAUGCCCGGGCUCAUCUCGGAUCAGGUCUAUGAUGAUCUCGUGAGAGAAGCCAUUAAGCCCUGGCACGGACCGACUCGACUCUUCCUCGAUGAGACCAUGAAAGACCUCCAGUCGAAACUCGACAAGACCCUCGGUCAAGCCCUGGAUGGCCUCAAGAAGAGAACGAUCUUCCCAGAGGCAAAGGAUGCUGUGCACGCCUGCCUGGCGGAAAACAGCGCCAAGACAAAGCACGAGCUGCUCCAGCUAUAUGCCGACGAGUGCGAGCGCCUCAUGACGUUCAACGAGGACGCCUUCAGACAGUAUCGAGAGGAUGAGCAGAUUUCCCUAACGCGAUUCCGCCACAAGAUGCGAAUGGAGGCAUACGGGGGCAAGACGCACCCGCUGCAGGAGUGGGCGGAUAUGACGGAGGAAAAGCGGCGCCAGGACACCAAGAAGCGCGAGGAUGAGCUGAUCAAGCUCGGGCCCGACCAGUUCGCCAGGGAGAUCGAGGUCGUUGCGUACGUUAGGGGGUACUAUCGACUGGCGGCCUUGCGCUUCGCGGACGCGGUGUCCCAGCGCGUCCUCUGCCGCAUGAUCCCGGAGAUCCGGCGCAAGCUGCCCUCUUACCUCGAGGACAAGCUGGGCCUGCGCGGCCCGUGUUCGCAGAGCGUCUAUGAGAGGCUGAUGGAGGAGAACGAGGAGACUGCGAACGCGCGCGAGACGCUAAAGAGCGAGAGAGAGAAGUUUGCCAAGGCCCUCGCGAGCAUCGAGCUGCUGGAGUCGGGCGCCCGCGGCGACCAGGCCGCGGACGUGAUGGAGUUGGAGGAGAGCACGCAGCCCAUGUCCAUGUCUCACGACGUCGACGCCGACGCGCACGAGGGCGAAGCCUGA